AUGUCGAGGUGGGAAAACACACUGAGAGACGAUAGAUACAGGCGUGAAAAGAAUAACCCAUCUUUCUCUUCCAGUCUUCUGGACAAAAUUUACAGCUCAAUUGACGAGGGUGACCCCAGAAACCGCGGGGACUCAAAGUUUUAUAAAGACACAAUGCAGCCAAAGAAACAGAGCAAAAGUGGGGUGAAAACCGGCAGAGCUGUUGAAGAAGACGAGAUGGCCAGCCUUCGCAGAGCUUGUUUGAUAGAAAAAUGGAUGGAGAAGAAGGUUAGCGAGAAGGUUGGAACACAGAGAAGGCAGUAUCUCACCGAAUUGGAUAGAAAACCAGACCAUGACCAUGAUCGUGAUCUUGAUGGUCUGUUUUUCAGCUCCACUUCCAGCUCUUCUGAUUCAAGCUCUGGUGGGUUCUCAUCCUCGGAUGCUGAAUCCAUGUACGGCUCUAAACCAAGAUCCUCAUGUUUCGCUCCGCCGAGGCCCAAGCCGGUUCGCACCAGCGUCUCUGCUCGAUCGGCAAAAACAGAAGAGAAAAUAGAGAUAAAAACAGAGAGGAAACAGAGGACUCUGUUUUAUGAACAGAGGGAAGUGCAUAUGUUUGACGAUUAUCAUUACAGUUGUGCCUCAGAGCCGACUCCAAAGCUUGAGGAAGGCAUAAUCAAGUCCAAAUCAAGGGCCUCGAAGAUUUAUAACAAUCUCAAAAAGGUGAAACAACCGAUUUCACCGGGCGGUAAGGUUGCGAAUUUCCUCAAUUCAAUCUUCACCACAGGGCAAUCCAAGAAAACAAAGAGCACGUCAUCAAUUGGAGGGUACGAGGAUGCUAGUGCAGAGAAAAAAUUGAAGUCGGGGCAAGCCUCAACUUGUUCAUCAGCCUCUUCAUUUUCCAGAUCAUGUUUAAGUAAGAACUCGCCUUCUACGAGAGAAAAACUGCGAAAUGGGGUUAAGAGAUCGGUUCAUUUUUAUCCAGUGAGUGUGAUUGUUGACGAAGAUUGUAGGCCGUGUGGGCACAAAUGUUUGUACGAAAGAGAAGAUCAAAGCCUAAUGCCUGUCACAGUCCCAACUGCAUGGAAAAUUGGCAGGUCACCGUCGAGAAAAGCAGAGGAAGAGCUUAAGCUCAAAGUGUUGGAGAAAAACAGGAAAGUAGAAGAAGCAGCCAGAGAGGUUUUAAGAGAUUGCCAUCGCAACCAAGUUAGGAAGGAUUCAGUGAGCAGAGAUUAUAAUUAUGUUGAUGAUGAAGAUGAUGCGGCUAGUUGUUCAAGUUCGGAUCUUUUCGAGCUCGAUCACCUUAAGGUGAUUGGGAAAGAAAGGUAUCUUGAAGAACUUCCUGUGUAUGAAACCACCCAUGUUCGUACAAAUCGUGCCAUUGCUAAUGGCUUAAUAAUGUAG